UCCUGUAUGGUCCAAAUUUCUCAUUCGCUAACCAUAUAUGCUGUCGGCGGAAUGCAUUAUGUUAGUUCACAUCCGGGAUUUUAACUGUUAUAUUAAACUUUAUUUUGACUGGCUUUAGAUAUGGGACGCACUUUGCCACUUUGAAAGAUAACGCAAUAAGAUAACAAUGGCGCUAGGACCUGUAAGCUUUUACCAUCUGACGUCACUGUUGGUACUAUGUGUUGUUCCUUCUACAGAAUCUCUGCCAGUGCGAGUCAGAGGAACCAACCCACGUGUGUUUCCUAUACUGGAAGAUCCUGUGGCUACAACAACUGCUCCGCCAGUCAAACCAGACCCUUUAGAAAAUAUAGGUGUUGAGCCAAGUCAGGGUUAUCUAAUAGAAGGAGAUAUACGUAUAUGGCAUGGUUUUCCUUUACGAGAAAGCACAAAUAUUGACACAAGUUCAGAUCAAAAGUCUUAUGGAUAUUCAAUGCAAAAUUCACAUCAGUUAAGAAAUUCAGUUUCAACAGACGAAACAUGGUUGGAAAAAGUCAUUCCAUAUGAAAUAGAUUCAACAUUCAAUUCGACAGAAAAGCAGGUCAUAUUAGAUGCCAUAAAUGAAAUAAUGGCAGGGGUGAACAGAUGUAUUAUAUUUGUUCCGAGAGAAAAGCAGGAAGACUUUUUAUAUAUCGCUGGGCAAGAUUCGGGUUGUUCGAGCAGUGUUGGCAAGCAAGGUGGUAACCAGACAGUUUCAAUUUCACGUGCAUCACAAUGCGUAUCAAAAGGAAUCAUUAUGCAUGAGUUACUGCACGCUCUUGGCUUUUGGCACGAGCACAGUCGACCAGACAGAGACAAAUACAUAGAAAUUCUUCAUCAUAAUAUAAGACUAGACCACAUAGAUGAUUUUAAAAUCAAUCCAAAUGGUAAAAUGUUGACGGCAUAUGACUACUAUUCCAUAAUGCAUUACAAGACGAACCAAUUUUCGAAAUUAUCAACAAUAAAAACAAUAAGAGUAAUUCAACAAGGAAUAGACGAAACGAAAGUAGGACAAAGAGAAUAUCUCAGCGACAAAGAUAAGGAGAGAAUAGUCCUGCUUUAUCAAUGUAAGAAGUUAUUAAGAUCUUCAGUUGAUUCCGCCCAGUUUAAGCAGUACCCAGGAAAUGCCUUCAGCGCAUUUAGGACAACGCCUGGGAAUCACGGGCAUGCGUUCGUGCCGACUGCAGAGAAUAAAGGAAAUCCGCUUGAGGCAAUGCCAACAUCACCGGUAAUAGAUAACACAGGCAAAGAGUUAAACAUUCCAGUUGUACCACAGACACCGGCAGUUAACACACAUAUUGAAGCAGUGAGCAGUAAUUUAGUCGGAAAUGUUGCAACAGAGACAGAGACAGUUUUGAAAAGUAAUCUUACAGAGACAGAGGAAAUUGGACGGAAAUGAAAAUAAAUAAUUUAAUGGUGACUGUAUGACUUUGUUUACGUGCUAGGUUAGCUAUAUAAAUGCAGUUACUUCAACUAGGUUAACAACCAGGCAGUUUUUAUCGUUUUCAUUGCUUGCAUAAUAACUUAGAACUGAUCUUCCGGGAUAUAGAGUACAGUGUAGUGUGUAUGUGUACCGGCAGGAUGAAAUGAAUCCAAAUUGUUUCCUUGUUAACUAUUAUUUUGUCAAUUAAACUGUUAUUUCUAAAAAUGGUUUCAACUAUAGACUUGUGUUUGGACCACGUUUUGUGAUUUCUGCUUAUCUACAUUAGCACCUCAUCAAUGCAUAUGCUAGAAAACAUUCAGGUCGCGAAAUUACACAAAGUUGUGCUUAUAGUACUUAGGAUAAGUCGACUCUGUGACAAAAAAAAUAUUUAUUUUGUUGGGUUUUACGUCGAAUCGGUACAUUUUAUACGUCAUACAUCGACUUUCCAGCUUUGAUGGUGGAGGAUGACCUCAUUAUUUCACCACGAGCGGGCACCUGGGUAGAACCACCGACCUUCCGUAAGCCAGCUGGAUGGGUUCCUCACAUGAUGAAUUCAACGCCCUGAGUGAGGCUUGAACCCACAUCGAUGAGGGGCAAGUGAUUUGAAAUCAGCGACCUUAACCACUCGGCCUCGGAGGUCCCAAAUAUCGCCGAUUUUGCGCAUAUUCGGCAAUCAAUAUAUUUUCAAGCCAAACAUCCUUAUUCAAAACGGUGUUUCACUGCAUAUAUAACAUCGCUUAUUUGAGAUAUUUUAAAACUGCAAACAGAACAUCGCUUAGUUGACAUAGUAUAUUGUUAAGCUAGUGUAGAACUGGCAUAAGUAAAUGGACCUAUGACACUUUCUCCAGAAAGGUUUUGAAAAUACCAGAUGUAGUCGUUCAAUUGCAAACACAUCUAACUAAUACAAUUUGCUUGUUUUUUCAUAUAUUUCACUAUAGUGUAUAUUUCAUUGAAGUUUACGUUAUGGCUUACGCUUUUUUUAUGUCUGUCAAAUAAUAUAGUAUAGCAGAGUUAAUAGUCAAUGAGAAUUUAUUGCCUUGGUAGGAUUUCUGGUUAACAGUGUGUAUUGCUUUUUAAAACUAAUGUUGUCACGAGCUCUCAUAGUCUUUAUCAGUGGCAGUUUGAAACAAAUGACCUAAAUGUAAAUAAAUAUUUAUUAUUUGUG